CUCCCUUUCUGCCUGUCUCUCUCUCUCUAUGAAGAAAUCCUGGCCGGUGGGACGGACAUCACUGUAUGCAAUAUCCAGCCCUACCAUGUGCAACCUCGUCACAACCAAAACAGGGAACCGGGCAGUAACAAAGAUUCAGGCUCACAACAUCCAUUCUCACCUGAGCCUAUGACCCGCUUCAGGCAGCUUUGGAGAAUUCUGCAUCGGGUCAUUUCCUUUUUGAGAGAAAGGGACGUAGGGAAGUAACAGGGGCAGGCAGCAGUGACAGCAGUUAGACAAUUAAAAAAAAAACACAGCCGGUGACAGCUAUACCCUCGCCUUAUUUCCUUCCUUCGUUAGCAUCUCGUCUUCUCGCUGUCUGUCUCUCUUCUGUAGGAAUGCUGAAGGUUGUGGCUGCCGGCUGCCUCUGGUUCCCAGGGCUUUUCCUGCUGACCAGGCGCUGCCUGAAGAAAGUGCUUGGCUGGGAGGAAUCUGACGCUGUCAUCGUCUCAGCAAGAUUGGUAUCCUCUGUCCAGGCUGUCAUGGCAACGACUGCAGGCUAUAUUGUCUCAAUUUCUUGUCAACAUGUCAUCGACGAUCAGCACUGGCUGGCAUCUACAUACACACAGUUCGCUGUGCCGUAUUUUGUAUAUGAUAUCUACGCCAUGUUUCUCUGCAGUUGGCAUAAGUACAAGGUCAAAGGUCAUGACACUUGUUUCUGGAGCAUACCAGUAGCAGUCAAGAGCUACUUGUGGAAGGAUCUUCUGAUGGUGUUGCACCACGUUUUCAUGGUUGUCGUCUGUUUCCCAGUAUCAGUGCUAUGGAGAGGUGGCAAAGGAGAUUUUUUCCUUGGUUGUAUGCUGAUGGCAGAACUGAGCACACCAUUUGUUUGUCUUGGAAAAAUACUAAUACAGUACAAGAAGCAGCACACUCUGUUGCACAAAGUGAAUGGGCUCCUGAUGUUAGUUACCUUUUUCAUAUGCCGAAUUCUCCUGUUCCCAUAUAUGUACUGGGUAUAUGGGCAGCAUGUUGGUCUGCCCCUCUACAAGGUCCCGUUCUUCAUCCCAAUGAAAUACAACCUGGGCUCCUUCAUCCUCAUGGCCCCACAAGUCUACUGGUUCUUUCUCAUCUGCAAAGGCGCAUUCAAGCUCUUCCGACGGCCCAAACUGAAGGAGGAGCAUGUUAAGAAUGGACACUUCAUGGACAGUCAUAUGGCAAAGGUUCCGGACCAAAGAUCGAUCAAGUGAUUGUGAAAUAACCCCCUUUCCAGGCUGCCUAAUGGGAAAUUUUAUGACUUCUCCCAGUCCAGCUGCCAGUAAAAGGACAGAGUACUGUAAUUUCAGAUGUAGCAUGGGGGGCCUUGGCUGAUCUUAGAGUAUAAAUUUAUUUACAAAGACUUAUGUAUUUAGCGAACUGGUAAAUAUUAAGACUUCAAGUGAACCCCCAUUUCUGUACUAUAGGCACAGUUACAAUGGAAGCCUCUGCCUCAACCUACCACCUCUCUCUGUAAUGAUUUUGAAUCUUAUCAAGAUCCUUCAGUCUAAACAGCAUCACUAUGUUUUUGGAUGACAGGCAUUUCUAGCCAGGACAUGAAUUUACUGUCACUUUUAGAUUUGUUUUAAAGCAAAAGAAAAUGGUACUGGCUUACCCUGGGGUAGUUGGAACAGGGCAGUAAUUGGCAGCUGAAUAAGAAUGUUCUGUCGCAUCAAGAUAGAUGUCUAAAUCUGAGCUGUGUGGCCUUGCACGUUGUGACAUCUUUGCAGAACAACUUAACAGUGAAUGACUUUUUAAAACACGUCUGUGGUUAAGAAUGGAAGGGCGACCGCAUAAGAAAGAAAUGUUGCCUUCCCCACUAUUUAGCUCUUAUCACUAGCAAGCACGGCUAAAAGUAGCCCGAGCUUGUUAACCUUAGAUAUAUUAAAAAAAGGAACUUUAUUGUCAGUAUGACAGACCUAUUUCCCAAUUUGUUAUGUUUUCCUUCUGUAGCUUGAAGGAUAUUUUCAAUUGGAGUAGAGCAUGGAGUUGGGGUUGUUGCAGCUUUAGAUUAUUUAUAGCAGGGUAUUUGAUGAGGAAAGGGGCAUUCACUAAUCAGGAGAACUGGAUUAAUGUGUUUCACCAGCACACUGUAACUUUCUUAACUUAAACCUUCCCAUCCUGCUUAUCCUGCAUGCAGUUAAUUAUUUAUUUACUAAAUUUUUUUUUUUAUUCUUUGCUGAGUGUAAAUUUUUUACUGUUCUUGUCAGUUUAUUUGCAAAUGUAAUAAUAUUAAUAUAUCAUAAUAUACAAUGGAAAGAAACAAAUACACUGAAACAAAGCAAGAGUUGAUGCAAAAUGUGGAAGAAAAAAAAAAUCUGAGAAAUAGAAAUAGUUUUUCAUAUCCCAGGCAUCAGCUCUUGAUUAAUUUAUAUUUUAAGAUGUUUAAACAAAGUGAAGGCUAGCUCAAUGUCAGUGUUUUAACUUUUGUAACAAGAGACAUUACAGAUAUGUGUUAAGGGAGCACGGUGCCAUAGGAUGGUUGCAUGAAGUAAAUAAUUCAUUUUCGUUUCUGUAAACCAGGUAAGUAAACCAGACAGAGGCUGUCCAUUUCAAGUUAUGACUGUUGGGGUAACAGAGACAUAUAAUGAUUAAGAACUGCAUGGUAAGCAUUCAGUCAGAAGUGAAACCCGCAUAUGUAUGGAAGUUUGUAGCUGUGUGCAUAUAGGAAACUUGGAAGCUAUAUGUUAUCCAUGUGAGAGAUAUGUCACUGGACAUGUGUUACUACAUUACUGUUAUUGGUUAGUGACAGAAACUAGCAAAGUGUCACCUGCAAAUUUGUAGACUAUCAACAGAUCUGCUGAUCAACAACAAAUGUAAUUUUUCAUUUCAUUGGAGCAGAAGUAUAUUUGGGUGCUGACACAGGAAAUCAACAAUAAGAUAAUUCAGACAAUACAUUAGGCUUAGAUUUUGGUUUUAGGAGUCACAUAUUUUAGUUGCUAUAUCAGUCCAUGAUUUGGACUACGAACUGUUACAGUUUAUGAUUUAUAUGUAGUCAUGUAAUAUGUUGUGCCACUGAGAAUAAAAUUAUAUGGUAUUAGACCGGCAUCACCUGGGUGCCCUAACCUCAGAGGUCAGUUCACUUAAGGAAGGUUAUACUUCAGUAGCAUUGGUCUUUGUAAGCAGUGUGCCUUUGCACUUGACCUCUUGAGUGGUGGGCCAGCAUAUUAGGCUGCAGACUUCCAAACCUUGCUUCCUGACUUUGAGAGUUCUGUCUGUAGGUUAUAACUAAAAUAGGACAGCAGUGCCCAGCUAAAACAGCCUAGCCACUUUUCAACUGGUCAUACCUCCACAGUAACAUCAUCACAGCUUGCAAUAGUCUUAUAUAAAAAGAAUGGUUUCUCUG